AUGGCGAAUCAUGGAAGACCACGAGAAGUUAUCAACGCCGUUCGGAAAAAAUAUCCGCCUCUCGUUUCCAUCGCUACAGGUUCAUAUAAUGCUAAAAGAAAAAUUAUCUACAAAGCGAAAGGAGUCAAAGACGAUGACACGAUGGAAAUGGAUCGAGGUGGCGAUGUUGCGCCACAGUUUGCUCGAACUCUAAAUGGGGAAAGAUUUCUAGUGAAGGAUUCAACGAUUCAAACGGCAACUGGCGCUUCAAGGAUGGUUGUAUUCGCAAGCGAUUUCGGACUCGAUCUACUGGCCGAUUCUCGUACUGUAUUCUGUGAUGGAACUUUUGAUGCUGUCCCAUCUCCAUUCACGCAAUUAUUUACCAUCCACGCAUAUGUUUCCGAAUCGGUCGUUCGCCCCGUGGUCUUCUGCCUUUUAAGCGAUAAACAGACGGCUUCCUAUGAAGCCGUUUUGAAAAUCGUGUCAGAGAGCCAUCCGCGUCUUACUGUCUGGGAACCAUUGUUAGUGAUUUGUGACUUCGAAAUCGCUCUCAAAAAUGCGUUCAGAUCACAGUUUCCGAGAACAUGUGUCCAAGGAUGUUUAUUUCACUUGUUGCAAUCAUGGCGCCGAAAAGCCGAGCAGUUGCACAUUUACGAAGAAUUUACGAGUGGGUUGUAA